GCACCGCCUAUGAAGUGUGACGUAAUCACACAACACGGAAACAAGGGAUUACAGUCAGCGGCUGCUGCGUAUCGGAGCCUGGUGUCCACUUAAAAUAAGGUCUCCCAUGGUAACUGAGAGGAUGCUGGACAGUUAGUUUGUCCUGUCAGUUCUCCAAUGGAAGCCCUAGUCACAGCUGCCCCUUCUCCCAACUCCACCGCCCUGCCUGUCCCGGUCCCCAUCUCCCUGCGUCCGGCCGUCGCCCCAUCGGUCCAGCUCGGCUUCACCGUCCUCUACACGGCCCUGUACGGCGGACUGUUCCUGGUGGUGUACGUCCAGCUCUGGCUUCUCUUCCUCUACAGACACAAGAGAUGGAGCUACCAGAGCGUCUUUCUGUUCCUCUGCCUGUUCUGGGCUGCCCUCCGCACCACCCUGUUUUCCUUUUACUUCUGCAACGCUCUGGAGGCCAACCAACUACCUGUAGCCGUCUACUGGCUGCUGUACUGCUUCCCCGUGUGUCUGCAGUUCUUCACUCUCAGCCUUAUUAACCUGUAUUUCACUCAGGUGUUACUCAAAGUCAGAGAGAAUUACAGCACAGAUGUGGACAAAAGAGUGUGGCUGUCACGUUGCAUGUACGGCGCACUGAGCUUAAUCUUCCUCUGCGUCAAUGUGGUUUGUGCGGCUCUCGGCGACAGAGGAGCCGGCGGCGGGUCAGGGGAGAGGACCUGGGGUCUGGUUCUGGUUCGGGUUCUGGUCAACGACAUGCUCUUCAUCCUGGAUGCAGUGUUAUUGGCCGCCUUGCUGUUGCUCCUGACCAAACACUCCCGCUCCACCAGCCCCUACCUGAUGAGCAAGGGAACCACAGUGUGCCGUACAGCCACGCUGGGCGCAGCGGUGAUCCUGCUGUUUGCCAGUCGAGCCUGCUACAACCUGACGGUGCUCAUUCUGUCUCAGAGCCACCGAGUGGAGUCAUUCAACUUCGACUGGUACAACGUCUCCGACCAGGCUGACCUGCGUAGUGAGCUGGGCGACAGGGGCUACCUGGCGUUUGGUGCCAUCCUCUUCAUAUGGGAGCUGCUCCCAACCAGUCUGCUCAUCCUCAUCUUCAGAGUUCGACGGCCCGCUCAGGAGUCCAGCAGCAUGGCCGUUAACAACAGGGUGUUACCUCGUCCAUAUUUCUUUGAUGACCCUCAAGGCAGCGAUGAGGACGCACCCGUUCCCUGGGCUCGCAGCUCACGCCCACACUCAAGCUGGUACGGCUCCGAGAGCGCUCCUCUCCUGUUUGCCAGCAACCCUCCAGACCAGAGCCACCAGCACCACUCGUUCUACUCCACCCCCCAGAACUGACCCUGACUGCUCAGCACUUAAUCGGGGUCGCCGUGUCCUCGAUGACAUUCAUCUCAAGGACAGACGACACACACCUACCAGCCAGCAGUCGCGUCCUCUGCAAAAAGCCCCUUUGCACUGAAAACCUCAGGAAUUCACCAGCAAACAGUGAAAAUGCACCUUGUAGUUUUUGACAGAGAGUAUAUUGAACUUUUAUUCGUGGCUCAAAGGGAACAAAUCGGGUGGGAGAAGCCUGACACAUGGUGCUCAGGGAUCAGGUGAGAUUUAGUCGAAAUGUUAGCUUAUUUUAAAUAAGUCAUGUCGUGUUGUUGAACUUUUAUAAUUCCUAAAAUAAUUGCACAUUUAGCUUUAUCAGCAUUCCUUAUUAAAUCCAUGCACAUGAUUUAGUACAUAAGCUCCUUUGGUAAAAACCACUGACCUACUAGUUUUGGGAAGUCAUUUUUCUCCUACAUUGUUCCAAAUGUACAGGAAACUGACUCAAAUACAAAUGAUCAUCUGUCUCUUUUGGCAUUUGGUGUUCUGUUUUUUUACAACCUGUAAUGUAUUUUGACACUUUUAAUAAAUGAUUCCAAAUCUCUUUCUGAACUGUACAUUACUGCAGGUGUUUUUACAUCUCUCGAUUGUUCUUUUGUAAGUUCCCUUUAAGGCCAGUGUUGUGGUUUGUUUCAUACUGUUUAACUUAAAAAAGUUGGUUUUGAUUCUCGUUUCCUUCCAGUAUGAUUGUAUUUCAUGGAAGUUUAACUUUUUUUUAUAUUUACUGUUGUACCUUUAAUCGUAGCUUAAAAAAAAUCAAAUGUCAUUCUCCUUCAUGUCUUUACAGGGAUGAGACUUCCUCAUAGCGAGUCACUCACUUGUGACUCACCACAUGAUUGAUAUUUACUGUGUAAACAACAAACCAAUAAAAAAAUUCAAAAUGA